UUACGAAAUUCUAACACAUGUUCUUUCCACCAAAUCCAACAGCAAACUGGAUUGCUUCUGUUUGGGGAGAGUCAUAAAACGUGUCCGCGUUCAGGAUUUUUGGUUUAAGAUAAGAUUUGAGGAUUGUCAGCUUGCAAGUGGAAAAUUGAUUGUGUGUGGGAGCAAAACUUGGCUCAAGCCAAUGGAGUGGAGGAUGGGCCCCGCCCCACGAAAUAUCUAACACAUUUAUAUGCUGUAGCUGUCUGGACGGUUUUAUUUUAUUUUAUUGCAAAGGUGGAUGUGGAGGGAGCGCGAGUGAUUGGUGAUUUAUGCAUAGCAUUGUUGCAAAAUAACUUUAAUAUUAAAUGAGUGACAAGAAAGGGAAGAAGCAAGUUGCGGGGUUUUAUGUCGUGUUGCCUAACUCCCUUUUUAUCUUUCUCGCAAUCAAUUGGUUGGAGAUCUUUAAUCCUUUUGAUUUUUAUCUGUUCCUAUGACUAGUAAGUACUGUAGGUUCAUUAACUCUCCAAACAGCUCUGCUUGUCUCUUUUAAUCAUUUUGGCAGUAAGUAAUAACAUUGCAAGGGGAUACAGGAAGUGGUGAUGGACGAUUCUGUCUCUCCAAAAUUGGCUUCAGAAGAUUCCGAACUCAACCCAACUGAUACUCAGUCAUCCAAAAGAAGCAGGAAGGUGGUUGAGAAGAUUGUUGUUACAGUGAAGGUAGGAGAAAAUGGUGGAAAGCUAAAGAGCGAGGGGCCUCCUUCUGAUUUAUGGUCCUGGAGAAAAUAUGGGCAAAAACCUAUCAAAGGAUCUCCUUAUCCCAGAGGCUAUUACAGAUGUAGCACAUCAAAAGGUUGUUCAGCCAAAAAGCAAGUGGAAAGAUGCAAAACAGAUGCCUCGAUGCUUAUCAUCACUUACACCUCUAGUCAUAACCAUCCAGGUCCUGAUCUCCACUGCGCCGACCUAAAACAGUCCCCUAAAGAACCCCAAACCACCCAUAGUGAUGAUGAUAAGCCCCCAACUACUACGCUGAAGCAGCUCCCGGAGGUUUCAGAAAAAGAGCCAGAAGAAGUAAAAAAGGAGCAAAACAAAACGAGCAGUACAGAUGAAGAUGCAAGUGAAGAGCAGCAUUUUCACUAUUUACAAUCCCCAUUAAGUUUUCCCCAGAAUAACAUCAUUAGCCAAGAAGAUCCCUUCAACGGGAAUCUAGAGAAAACCCAUGACACACUGGGGUUUCUGUUGGAUGAAGAGCCACUGUCUUGCCUUCAUAUAACAACAUCUUCAAUACCAAAAUCAGAAGAAAAUGAUUUCUUUGAUGAGCUUGAAGAACUACCCAUAUCUUCAGCUUUCACAAGUUUGAUGAUGCGAAGCAAGUUUUGGGAUGAAGGAAUUCCUGUUGUCCCUUCUUGAUCAGUAGUGUUUAUGGGUCUCAGGAAAAAAAAAUAAAAGUAGUUAAAAUGCUCAUAAUGAAGUGAUUAUGCCUUCCACUACUAAUGGUUCUAGUUUAGCAUCUUCUAUUUUUAUCCUCUCUUUUUUUCUUUUUUUCUUGUUUGAGGGUUCACACAAAAAGUGAAAGUUGGAUCACUUUGGCAACCAAAAGGUCCGUGGUUGCUAUAAAAAUAACCAAAUCUUUUUUAGCAAACAGGGAAAACCAUGAAGUCUAAUGGAUAGAGACAACCACACACGCACGCCCCAAGAGAGAGAGAGGGGGUGGCUACUUUUGUUGGGUUGUAGUAGGUGUGAAUUAAUGAAGGCACGAGGUUCACGCGAGGAUGCUUCUUAAGAUCCUCUUUUAUCUACUAAAAA